AUGCUCCAUCUUGAUCAGAAUAAUUUGUUACUGUGGCAUUUAGUCUUCACAGGCUUCCCUGGUAUAUUAAGGAUGAGGAUGGCUGCAGUGUGUGCUCCAUCUCAUGCAAACUUGAUGCAGCUCUUGGGUCCCUUUCCAGCUCUCGAGCUCUUACUGGGGCAAAGAUUGGGCAGUGAAGCAGAAGGGAGUAAGAGGCUUCUUAGAACAAGGACCCUUGCCAUCAGAGUAUCAGCACUUGAUGUGAAGACACCAGAGGAGCUCUUUGUGGAGAAUGGGACAGAAGCAAGACUUCCAUGCACAUUUUCAUCCCGAGAUGUGAUCAGCAGCGCAGCAUCCAUCUCCUGGAGCUUCCAACCAGAGGGAGCAACAACCCCUAUAUCAUUCUUCUAUUACUCUCAAGGGAACGCAUACCCUGGGAAGGACACACCAUUUAAGAACAGAAUCAGUUGGGCUGGAGACCUUAACAAGAAAGAUGCAUCUGUCAGCAUAGCAAACGUGCAGUUCCGGGACAACGGCACUUACUUCUGCGAUGUCAAGAACCCACCUGAGAUAGUUGUCAAGCCAGGAGAAAUCCGACUUAGAGUCGUGCAGAGAGGUACCUCCCCUCACUAA